AUGUCGAACAUAUGGAUUGCAGCCUCAGAUAAUAAUAUAGACAAGGUUAGGCAGUAUAUUGAGUCAGGAAGUUAUACUGCAAAUUCGAAAGAUCCUAAUGGUUAUACUCCCAUGCACGCUGCUGCAAGUUAUGGUCACUUAGACCUCCUCAAAUAUCUUGUUUCUCAAGGCGGAGACAUCAAUAUUCAGGACUCUGAUGGCGAUACUCCUUUGCAUCACGUAGAAACUCUGGAGGCUGCUAAAUUCUUGAUUGAAGAGCUCAGAGCUGAUUUCAAGAUCAAGAACAAGGAUGGUUUAACUCCAGCUAAAUAUCAAGAGGAAGAGGAUGAGUAUCCUGAACUCAUUGAAUAUUUGUCGUCUUUGGAGAAGCUAGGCACCUUGCCUGCUAUGAAAACCGGUAUGGAAGCAUUACAAAACAACCUGGAACUCCCAAGUGGUGAAAGAGUGAAGAUGUAUCUGUCUAAGGAUUCUGAUGAAAAUCUGAGCGACGAACUGAUUCAGAGACGAAAAGAAAUUGAAAGCAUUAUGAAUGAUGACCUUACUGAGGAGCAGAAAGAUGAGAAACUAAGGAGUAUAAUUUUAGGAGUGGUAUCAGGUAACGUUCAUCAAUUAAAGGAGUCAGAUGCCCCAGAGUCCAAGAGACAGCGAUAA